AUGGGGAGAUACCUCUUAUCUAGCUCUUCUUCUACAUGCAGAACCUGUUUAGAAAACAGCAACCAGAAGUGGUGCAUCUUCAAAGGAGUUAGUAAUAGUGGAGAAUGAUGCUCUUCAAGUUCAACCUCUGGAUAUUGUGCUGGAGACGGCGUCUACGUCUGCUCUGAUGAUAGCAAGAUCGAUGGAACAGCUGGACUCAAUACCAAUGGGGGUUACAUCUUAUGUCCAACAUAUUACUCAGAUUGUGGAACUCUGACACAAAAUAUCUAUUAUUCUGAUCAGACUUGGUCAACAAAACGAAGGUCUAUAAGUUCAGAUGCUGUAUGAGUUUACAAAAUCAAAUCCACUGCCACUUUUAUAAAGAGCUUAACGAUCGACGUCAAUAAUGCAACAAAUGCUGAUAUAACUGUGUUCACUAGUUUUGAAGACUAUGAUUAUGAAAAGGAAGGCUCCAUGAGCACUGGAGAUACAAAGGCAGUAUCUAUAGAGUAUAAUUCGGAAGUUUAUGUAGUAGUUCACCCUACAUCUUCGACCAAUUCUAUAGAUAUUGACUUUCAAGUUGGUAAUUCAGAAAGCACUCUUAGCGCAGGAGCAAUUGUUGGAAUAGUUAUGGGCACUAUUUGUUGUUUCUUCAUCCUUAUGUGUGGAACAGUCGGAACAGGUGUAUAUUGUGCUAUUAAGAAAUGCAGAAGGCAUUUAGGAAAUCCAGGAACAGCAAAUAACCAUGCUGCUACAUCUAUUCAGGUGAAUCCAUCGUCUCAAAUGAAUACCGGUCAAGCUCCCCAGCCUCUCUAUAUUUCUCAUAACACCUCAAUAGUUAAUCCUCCAAGAAUGCAGGGUGACCCAACCACCGACCCAAACAUGGCCUACGACCAAAACAACACGCUUCAACCCCAAAUAGGAAUUCCCAUUUCCGGAGAAGACAACAGACUUCCCGUAAUAGACGGAAAUCCAAUUGCCCCUGUGCCUAAAGCCAAAAUGGGCUAAGAGCAAUUUCAAUCUACCUAAUC